AUGCACAUGAAUGCCGUCACCAUCGACCCACUUUCGAAAAAUUGCACCCUCGAAGGUACUGGAGGCUCAGGAAAAGUGUACCAAUUCGACGCGGCCUUUGGCUCGGAAUCUUCCACGGAGAAGGUCUACGAAGACGUGGGUUCGGUGAUCGUCGAAGCAGUUCUCGAAGGAUACAAUGGGACCGUGUUUGCGUACGGGCAAACGGGGUGUGGAAAGUCUCACACGAUGCACGGGUUCAUCGAACGCACUCUGGAGCACAUAUUUGAGGCGACUUCGACAGCUAGUUCUGAUACU